AUGACUAUACUUGCAGGUGAGUUUGCUAUGAAGAAUUUGGGGUCGUUAUCAUAUUUUUUGGGCAUUUCGGUUACUCAGACAGAUGACACACUGUUUCUAUCUCAGUCCGCUUAUAAGAAGGAUAUUAUUCAUCCCGCGGGUAUGGACUCGUGCAAACCUGCGGCAACUCCGGUUGACACUCAGACUAAAUUGGGUAGUGUGCCAGAUUCUUUGUUUAAUGACCCAUCAGCGUACAGAAGUCUAGCAGGCGCUUUGCAGUAUCUUACCUUCACUAGACCCGACAUCACAUACGAAGUACAGCAGAUAUGUAUGCACAUGCACUCGCCUUGUCUUCCUCACUGGAAUGCUCUCAAACGCAUCAUUCGUUAUCUUCAGGGCACUGUUGAUUAUGGUCUUCAUCUGCAUUCCUCUUCUACCCUUUCCAUCCGCGCGUAUACUGACGCAGACUGGGUUGGGUGCCCUGACACACGUCGUUCUACAUCUGGCUACUGUGUCUACCUUGGCGAUAACUUAGUUUCCUGA